AUGAAAGAAGAGGUAAAAAUCAAAGAGGAAAUAACAGAUUUAGAAGUAGAGGUGGCAAUGACGAUAGAAGAAGACACCAAAAUAGAAACAGAAGAGAUAAUUAGAGGGACUCGAACAACUGGAAUGACAACAAGUUCGAUAGAAGACAAAGAAAAGGAUCAUUCAACAAUAAAGAAGAAGAAGAAAGAACAACUGGCAAGUUUGUAGUUAUUGAAAAUUUGCACUAUUCAGUAACUGAAGAAGAAUUAUAAGAACAUGUUAGUAAAUAUGGUGAAGUAAUUUAAUGCAAAAUCUUUUGGGAUGAAAAUGGAAGAAGCAAAGAAAAGGCAAUUGUUUAAUUUGAAAACGAAGAAGAUGCUAAAGAAGCUAUUGAAGAUUUAGAAGGUUCUUCUAUUGAAGAGUAAACUUUAAGUGCUCAUUAUGCAUCAAACGACGAUGUUCAUUAUAUCAAAAAAACUAAAAAAAUUUAGAAGCAAAGCAAAGCUUUCAACAGAAGAAGAUGAUGAUUUGAAACAUAAAAAACUAUCUAAAAUAAAAUUGAUUGAGUAUAAAAAAUAUUAAUUGUUUAUAUUUACUUCAUUUUAUUAAUGUUUAAAAAAACCAUUUUUGUUUUUAAAUUAGUAAACUAAUUAAUUUACUUAUCAAUUCAAUUAACAAUUCCUUUAAUAUUUUAAUCAAAUAUCUAAUUCCAAAGCUUUAUAUUAGAGUUGA